GCGGCCCGCUGCCUCUUAUUCACGAUCGCUUCUGCUCGUGAGUCUACGCGCGCAAGAUGCCGGACCCAGCAAAAUCCGCUCCCGCUCCCAAGAAGGGCUCCAAGAAAGCCGUGACGAAAGUCCAGAAGAAGGACGGCAAGAAGCGCAAGCGCAGCCGCAAGGAGAGCUACUCGGUGUACGUGUACAAGGUGCUGAAGCAGGUGCACCCUGACACGGGCAUCUCGUCCAAGGCCAUGGGCAUCAUGAACUCCUUCGUCAACGACAUCUUCGAGCGCAUCGCGGGCGAGGCGUCCCGCCUGGCGCACUACAACAAGCGCUCGACCAUCACGUCGCGCGAGAUCCAGACGGCCGUGCGCCUGCUGCUGCCCGGCGAGCUGGCCAAGCACGCCGUGUCCGAGGGCACCAAGGCCGUCACCAAGUACACCAGCUCCAAGUAAGGGCGCGCCGGGGGCGAAAGAACAUCUGCUUGAACCCAAAGGCUCU